UUCCCGUGACUACUCCCUUCCACAAACCGUGCAAGCGCGCAAUCAACUAAAGAACUCCUGCCCCUCCCCCAACUUAAUUCCAGCGUCGUGCAUCUGCCCUCCCCGCUCUCCCGAAGCUAUUCGGGCAGUGUCCGGAGCGCAUCGGAGGGGGCUAGAAUACGGCAUCGGCCUCUUCACCCCCAAUAUCGCCCGGCCUGACGCACGCGUGCUGACGGGGGAGGGGAGAGGGGAAAGCUGCUUCCGCACACUGCUCGAGGUCCGGGCACCCGGGAGGAGAUGCCCGGCCAGGGUCCGGUGUCCGACUGGACAGAAUGCAGCUCUUCCGCAGAGCCUCCCGCAGUAGCCGGGACCGGGGGUGGCGGCGGCGGAUCAGCUGGACAUUCUUAUCAGAAUUCCAAAGGUAUUGACAGAAUCAAAGACGGACACAAAGUGAACACACACAUAGCCAAGCUGCAAGAGUUGUGGAAAACUCCUCAAAUUCAAGCAAUUCACAUCCCUAAAUCAAUGACCGAUGCGUCCUUUCUAAAGCAUCCAGACCUCACCACAGGCCAGAAGCGCUACCUGUGCAGCAUUGCUAAGAUCUAUAAUGCGAACUAUCUGCGGACGUUAAUGAGGAGGCAGUACAUGCAUGUGAUCCAGCACAGCUCCCAAAAGCCAGGUUUCCUCACUCAUCACAAGAGCCGCCUCAGUUCUCGUUCCUCCCAGAAGCAGCAUUACCCCUGCACCACAUGGCGACACCAGCUGGAGAGAGUGGACUCGGGGCCUCCUAACAUGGCAGUUGCACCCGCGCCUGAAAUGAUCCUACAGCAUUCCCUUUGGCGACCAGCGAGAAACAAAGAAGGUUUAAAAACUGGAUAUGCAUCUAAAACAAGAUGUAAGUCAUUGAAGAUUUUUAGAAAACCAGGAAAACUGUUCAUGCAAUCAGAAGACAUUAAAAAUGUAGAAUGUGAUUUGCUUUUAAUUCUCCAAAUGAGUAUGAAAUACAGUUUCUGCUUUCACUUAAAAGAACAUACUGCUCAGGGGAGUAAGAUUCAAGGUACUUCUAAACAAAGUUUCUACAAAUGAUUCUGAAUCAUACAUGAAUGAAGAAAAAAAGGAAGAAGAUUUACUAAAUAAGUGUAUGCAAUCGAUGUCAAUUGAAGAACAAGGAGAACAUCUGAUGUGAACUUGACAGCCUUGUCUUGUGAAUUGAUGAGGUGCCAAAAGGGGGGAAGUGGUUGUGAAUUGUGUCCUCUUUCUACAUUUAGGAUAGUAUUGUUAUUCACCAAGAAGUCAUUAAGUAAUUUUAGUUUGUUCAGAAAUGUUUACAACAGUGUAAUUAAUUGGUUUGAUGUAGUUCCACGUACUGAUAUUCGUGUAAUAAGAGUUAUGUGUAAUGUAUGCUUGUAUUUCUAGCUAGAUACAAUUAAAAAUUUUCUCGUCGCUUAAAAUUGUUUUUCUUUAAAUCUGUCAAACUAUGUAAUUCCUUUUCACCUUACAGUAAGUCCUAAGACAAAAACAUGAGAAUCCCCUACAAGUAUUUUCUUGAUUGGGCUAAGGAAAGCUCUGAAAUAGACUGAUACAGAAUAGCAUUUGAUAGAGACUUGCAGAAAAAGUGUUUAAUAAAUAUUUACUGCUUGAAUACAACUUAAAAAUGGAAGAAUCAAUUUGCCCUAUUUUAUGAAAAUUGCCAAACGCUUGGACUCUCAAACUAGAGUAAGUUGGGAGUAACUGUACUGAGAAGAUUAUGUAUUCAUUCUACUGUGCUUCCUUUCUAAAAACACACACACACACAAAUUAAAACUUGAAAUACAGGAAUAGGGCAAUUUAAAGCAACAGUUUGAGGAAUUAUUGCUAAUGUCAAUAUAGUAUAUAUAUUUUUAAAGAUUUUACUUGACACAGAGACAGUGAGAGAGAGAGAGAGACAGAGAACAAGCAGGGGGGAGCGACAGGCAGGGGAGAAGCAGACUCUCCGUUGAGCAAGGAGCCCGAUGCAGGGCUCGGUCGAGGAUCUGAGCCGAAGGCAGACGCUUAACGACUGAGCUACUCAGGCGCUCCAAUAUAGUAUAUUCUUUAGAAGAU